AAAAAUUAGAUAUUAUUGCUUAUUAUGAGCGAAAUAAAAAUGAAAUGAGUAUUAAAGCAAUAAGUAAAGUCUUUAAUAUUCAACCUCGUCAAUUACAUAAGUGGAUAACUAAAAAAGAUGAAUUAAAUACAUCUUCAUUAAAAGCUUUUAAAUUACAUAAUGGAAAACAACCUUCUUAUCUGCAAAUUGAAACAACUUUAUUUGA